CCUUUUUGGUUGCAGAUCCUCAGGGUAUGAGAUACAGCAUUAGAAAUGUACCCGCUCCUGGUCCUACAUUGAAGCCAAUUUCAGCUGUUUUGUUGUUCACAAACUGAGAAAGAAAGAGAUUGUAGAGCGAUUUUAGGGUUGAGAUAGAGAGAUGGCGUUGCCCAAGGCUAAGGAGAUCGUUUCAUCAAAUCCCGUUGUUGUUUUUAGCAAGACCUACUGUCCUUACUGCGUGACCGUGAAGCAGCUAUUCACUCAAUUGGGAGCCACUUUCAAAGUCAUUGAAUUGGACACAGAGAGUGAUGGAUCUGAGAUACAAUCAGCGCUGGCUGAGAUAACAGGGCAAAGGACUGUACCCAAUGUUUUCAUUGGCGGAAAUCACAUUGGUGGAUGCGAUAAUACAAAGGCCUUGCACAAAGAUGGGAAGGUGAUUACUCUGCUGACUGAAGCUGGUGCUGUUGCUAAAACUUCUUCAUAAAACGAGUUCCGCUAUCUCUGAAGGAGUAAAGAAGUAAUCAAAAUGUUAUGGUAUAUGAGGAUUAUGGUUUUGUCUGAUAGACUUUUUACCUAACUUUAAAUAAAAUUUGGGGACUGAAUUCUGAAUUGAGCUGUUUAGUGGUUGAUAUUUUUAAAGGGUCUAUGCUUGUUUGAACUCUGGCUAUACAUAGUUGGUGGUACUCUGUUGCAGAAAUAUGGAUUAAUGAAUGGUAUUUGGUUUAGAGUGCUCAA